UGAGCAAAGGGAGGUAGGUGUGAUUCGAGAAUACUGAAAGUACCUUAGCUGCGCGUGCGACUUAAGGGAGUAGGACGGAAGCCGUAAAGUGUUUGUUUAUUCCUCUAGGCUGACUCCGGGAGCUGCUGACCAGCCAACAGGUAGCCGGCGCGGGGUCCCGGUGACCCACGGCGCCUGCGCUGGCUCGGUCCCCGCGGCGGUCAUGGCGCACCGCUACCUGCUGCUCUCAGGCCGGGGCUGCUGCUGGUCCCGCGGUUUCCCUCUGCUCCCCCGGCAGCCGCCGCUCCCCUUUCUCUUCCUUUCUGGAGGCGGUGGCGGCGUGAGCCGCAGCAAGGGGACCUGCCUUCGGACGCUCUAUCGAUAUGCUACCACUCAGGUGACUCCCAGUAGAAGUUCUCUCUUGACAGAUGUGAUUGCUGUUUAUCGAAGAUUCUGUGCUCGACCUCCAAAAGGAUUUGAAAAAUACUUUCCUAAUGCAAAGAACAAAAAGAAAGCCAAUGGAUCUAAAGAGCCUGUGGAAGAAACAAAAGCAGAAGCAAAGCCAUCUAGUACACAGCGCCCUUCUGGAGGAGGAGGGGGUGGAAAACGUGGUGGCAAGAGAGAUGACUCUCAUUGGUUGUCCAGAUUUCAGAAGGGGGACAUUCCAUGGGAUGACAAGGAGUUCAGAAUGUACUUUGUUUGGAGUCUUCUGUCUUGGGCUGUUAUCAUGUUUUACUUUUUCUUCAAGAAUUCUGGGAGAGAAAUCACUUGGAAGGACUUUGUUAAUAACUAUCUUUCCAAAGGAGUGGUGGACAGACUAGAAGUAGUGAACAAGCGUUUUGUUCGAGUGACUUUUACACCAGGGAAAACUCCUGUUGAUGGGCAAUAUGUGUGGUUUAAUAUUGGUAGUGUGGACACCUUUGAGCGGAAUCUGGAAACUUUACAGCAAGAGUUAGGCAUAGAAGGAGAGAAUCGGUUACCUGUAGUUUACAUUACUGAAAGUGAUGGCUCAUUUCUACUGAGCAUGUUCCCAACAGUCCUUAUAAUUGGAUUUUUACUAUACACACUAAGAAGAGGGCCUGCUGGUAUGGGUCGGACAGGCCGAGGAAUGGGAGGUCUCUUCAGUGUAGGAGAAACCACUGCCAAAAUCUUAAAGGAUGAGAUGGAUGUGAAGUUCAAAGAUGUGGCUGGCUGUGAGGAGGCCAAAUUAGAAAUAAUGGAAUUUGUGAAUUUCUUGAAAAACCCAAAGCAGUACCAAGACCUGGGAGCAAAAAUUCCAAAGGGUGCCAUUCUAACAGGUCCUCCAGGUACUGGAAAAACACUUCUAGCCAAAGCAACAGCUGGAGAAGCCAAUGUCCCAUUCAUUACAGUAAACGGCUCUGAGUUUUUGGAGAUGUUUGUUGGUGUGGGUCCAGCUAGAGUCCGUGACUUAUUUUCUGUUGCUCGUAAAAAUGCCCCUUGCAUUCUCUUCAUUGAUGAGAUAGAUGCAGUGGGUAGGAAGAGAGGACGAGGCAACUUUGGAGGCCAAAGUGAACAGGAAAAUACACUCAACCAACUUCUUGUAGAAAUGGAUGGUUUUAACACAACAACAAAUGUAGUCAUUUUGGCAGGCACCAAUAGACCGGAUAUCCUAGAUCCUGCAUUAUUGAGGCCAGGGCGCUUUGAUAGGCAAAUCUUUAUUGGGCCACCAGAUAUAAAAGGAAGAGCAUCCAUUUUCAAAGUUCAUCUCAGACCAUUAAAACUAGAAGUUGAACUGGAUAAAGAGAAAUUGGCAAGAAAACUUGCAUCCUUAACUCCAGGGUUUUCAGGAGCUGAUAUUGCUAAUGUCUGUAAUGAAGCUGCCUUGAUAGCUGCAAGACACCUUUCAGAUGCCAUAGAUCAAACUCACUUUGAACAAGCAAUUGAACGAGUGAUUGGUGGCUUGGAAAAAAAAACUCAAGUAUUACAGCCAGAGGAGAAAAAGACAGUAGCAUAUCAUGAAGCAGGGCACGCAGUUGCAGGCUGGUUUCUGGAACAUGCUGAUCCACUUUUAAAGGUAUCCAUCAUACCACGUGGAAAAGGUUUGGGUUAUGCUCAGUAUUUACCCAAAGAGCAAUACCUUUAUACCAAAGAACAGCUUUUGGAUAGGAUGUGUAUGACUUUGGGAGGACGUGUGUCGGAAGAAAUCUUUUUCGGAAGAAUUACAACUGGUGCUCAAGAUGACUUGAGGAAAGUAACUCAGAGCGCAUAUGCACAAAUUGUUCAGUUUGGUAUGAAUGAAAAAGUGGGACAGAUUUCCUUUGACCUGCCACGACAAGGAGACAUGGUAUUGGAGAAACCAUAUAGUGAAGCUACUGCAAGACUGAUAGAUGAUGAAGUACGGAUACUUAUAAACGAUGCUUAUAAACGGACAGUGGCUCUUCUUACAGAGAAAAAAGCUGAAGUAGAAAAGGUUGCUCUUCGACUGUUAGAAAAGGAAGUAUUAGCUAAGUCUGAUAUGGUUGAACUUUUGGGCCCCAGACCCUUUGCAGAAAAAUCUACCUAUGAAGAUUUUGUAGAGGGUACUGGAAGCUUAGAUGAGGACACCUCUCUUCCAGAAGGACUCAAAGACUGGAACAAAGAUCGUGAAAAGGAGAAGGAGAAAGAGGAACCACCAGAUGACAAGACAGUAAAACAGAUCAAAGGAGAGAUACCAUUUUAAUUUCACUUUGUCUUGUGUUAUCAGUUUGCACAGUACUUCAACUUUGGCUUUGUCAGAUCAAUGAAAUCCAGCAUUUGGUUAGGUUAGUUUUAACCUACUACUUACCCAAAGGUUGAAAUGAUAACAAAAAAGAAAUCUGUGAUUUGUAUACAAGGCAGGCACUUUAUCUCUAGGCCUCAGAAGUCAUUGUCAGUGGUGAUGGUCUGGCUUCCUGCUCACACCAAAGGAGGACUAACAGAGGAGAAAUCAAUUUCAGUAGAGUUGAUUGGGAAGAUUCUUGGACUGUGCCAAGCUCUAGUCUCUAUUCUGUUCCUAGGAAACAUGUGCCUGAACAUGUUGAGUAUUAUUAAUUGAUUUAUAAAACUUUGCAGUACAGUCAAUUUUUUCCUCUCACAAACCCACCCAACCCUUAAUUCACUCUCAUUAUCAUUCAAUGGUUCCCCUUAUGUCUGCACAAAGAAGAUAGACUGUGAAAUGAAUUGAACACCUAAUGAGGAAAACAUUCUAAUUUGAUGUAGUAUUUUUUUAAAAUUCAGAUCAUUUGUUGUGUUUUAAUCAAAAGGUUUUCUACAGGGAGCUGUAAGAUAUUUAAAGUGUGAAUGUAUUGUGUAAAUAAGGCUUCUUUGAAAUAAAAAAUAAACUAUGUACAAUGUCCUUUUUUUGAA